AUGUCGGAAGUAUCAGUACCAGCACCCGUAGUGGUGGAGAACCCAGACGGCACUAAGACCAUCGUGUCGUUCCGGAUGGACAACGGCAAGAAGUACAGAGUCACGCAGAAAGUGCGCGAGAUCAAGGUCACCGAGAAAGUCAACCGCUCGGUCGCUGCCCGCAAGCACUGGCGCAAAUUCGGCGCCGAACAAGAUUCGGCUCCAGGUCCAGAUUACUCGACCACGCAGCUGGGCGAGGAGAUCGUCCUGAGACUCGGGACGCAGUGGCGUAAGAUCGAAGAGGAAGAAGAGCUAAAGGCCAAGGAAUCCAAGGGCGGCGAAAAGCUCAUUACGUGUCGUAUCUGUGGAGGUAACCAUUACACCAUGCACUGUCCUUUCAAGGACACCAUGGGCGAUGCUUCUGCCGCCAAUGGCGGUGGUGCUGGCGCCGGCAGCGACCCCGCGAUUUCAGGAGAAUCUAACGCUGAUAUUGUAUCUGGCGGUGUCGACGAUAUUGCCGGCAAGUACGUGCCACCAUCGCGCAGAAUCGGUGCCCGUGAUCCAUCUUCCAACAAUAAUUUCGAUGCUUACCGCGACCAAAGAGAACGCGACGACGCCAAGACUUUGAAAAUCAUGCAAUUGAACGAAAACGCCGACGAGAAUACUUUGAGAUACGAACUAUUGUUUCCAUUUGGCAGAAUACCAAAAGUUGUGGUGGUCAGAAAUAGAGAAACUGGUAGGUCUAGAGGUAUUGCGUACGUGACGUUCGAGACUGAAGAGAUCGCCGAGAGCGCUAUGAACUUUUUGAACGGCAGAGGUUUCAUGAACUUGAUCUUAAACGCCGACUGGUCGAAGCCUAAGGUGCCAGAGUAG